AGUUCUCGAUCGCUCGCGAAGCCUCACAUUGCGAAACAGAAAUGGACUGCAACGAGUUCAGGUACAGGGGCAAGGAGAUGAUCGAGUACAUCUGCAAUUACAUGGAGAAAAUCGAGACCCGAAGGGUGACCCCCAACAUCGAGCCAGGCUACUUGCGCAAGCUGCUGCCUCAGGAGGCCCCCGCCAAUCCCGAAGACUGGGACGCCAUAAUAGCAGACGUGGAGACGAAAAUUAUGCCGGGCGUCACUCACUGGCAGCAUCCCAGGUUUCACGCUUACUUCCCCAGCGGAAAUUCCUUCCCGUCGAUAUUGGGGGACAUGCUCUCCGACGCGAUCGGCUGUAUUGGAUUCUCUUGGGCCGCGAGUCCAGCGUGCACCGAACUGGAAACCAUCGUGCUGGAUUGGCUGGGCAAGGCGAUCGGCUUGCCCGACCAGUUCCUGGCUUUAUCCGAAGGUAGCAGAGGGGGCGGCGUGAUACAGACGUCGGCCAGCGAGUGCGUGCUGGUGUCUAUGCUGGCCGCGAGAGCGCAGGCGCUCAAGAGACUAAAACAGCAGCACCCUUUCGUCGAAGAGGGCGUCCUCUUGUCCAAACUGAUGGCGUACUGCUCCAAGGAGGCGCAUUCCUGCGUGGAAAAGGCCGCCAUGAUAUGUUUCGUCAAACUUAGGAUUCUCGAGCCCGACGAAAAGUCUUCGCUCAGAGGAAAGACGCUUAUGAUGGCUAUGGAAGAGGACGAGACGAUGGGUCUGAUACCGUUCUUCGUGUCGACAACCCUCGGGACGACUUCCUGCUGCUCUUUCGACAACCUGCCCGAGAUAGGUGCGGUGUGCAGGAAGUUUUCCUGCGUGUGGCUUCACGUGGACGGUGCAUACGCUGGCAACGCGUUCAUUUGUCCCGAAUUCAAGUACCUGCUGAACGGCAUCGACCAAGCGGACUCGUUCAAUACCAACCCCAACAAGUGGCUCCUGACCAAUUUCGAUUGCUCGACGAUGUGGGUUCGGGACAGGAUUCGUCUGACUUCGGCUUUGGUCGUGGACCCGCUGUAUUUGCAACACGGCUAUUCCGACGCCACGAUCGAUUACAGACAUUGGGGGGUCCCGCUGAGCAGGAGGUUCAGGUCGUUGAAGCUGUGGUUCGUCCUGCGAAGUUUCGGCAUCUCAGGACUCCAAAAGUACAUCAGGCACCACGUGAGACUGGCCAAGAGGUUCGAGGAGCACGUAAUGAACGACGACCGAUUCGAAAUAUGCAACGAAGUUAAGUUGGGACUUGUGUGUUUCCGACUUCGCGGUUCGGACAAGCUCAACGAGAAAUUGCUGAGCAACAUCAACGCCUCGGGGAAGUUGCACAUGGUGCCGGCUAGCGUCCACGAGCGCUACGUCAUCAGGUUUUGCGUGGUGUCAUUCAACGCGACCGAUUCGGAUAUCGAUCACGCUUGGGACGUGAUAUGCGACUUCGCCGAGAUGCUGGACGUCCGCGCCUCGGAGAAAGAUCAGGAGAUGCAGGACGAGGUCUUCGAGCUGAUGGAACGCAAGAAGAAGCAGACGCUUGCGCACAAGCGGAGCUUCUUUGUGCGCAUGGUGAGCGACCCGAAAAUCUACAACCCCUCUAUCGCGAAGAAUCUACCGUCGGCGAGGAGACAUCUCACGCAACCCUCAGAAGCAGAAUCGCCGGAACACUUUGACGUUCAUCCCCCCAUGAGCGCGUCUUGGAUAAGCUGGCCCCUUGCGUUCCUGUUGCAGGGGAUAACGGAGGACGGGUCCAAAAGCAACGUCCCUAUCCGGUUUCGUCAUUUAGACGCCAAAGUGAGGUUAAAAGCGGGCGGCAAAGGGACGACGUCGCCGAAAUCGCCGUCGCCGGAAGGGUCGCCGCGACGCUCACCGGUUUUGUCGAGGAAAUCCAAUUAAGGCGGCUCCUGUUUUAGACAUUCAGCGCCAAAGUGUAACUUUGUAACAAGCUCGAACUCGUAAUUAAAUGAUAUCAA